UCUCUCCUAUUAUUCGGCUGUAUACGUACACAGCUGGUAGCAGCACAACACCAUUCAGUUCGCCUUUAGAACUUUAACUUGUAAGUCGUCGUUAGUAUUUCCGAGCAGCAACCGUGAAUUUGUGGUACGUCGCAACAAUACCGUCAAUACAACAUCUCAACAAUGGUCCAAGUACAGUCAGUGAUAUUCGACGCUAAACUACUCGAUCACAUUCAAUGCGGUCGAACUGACAAGGCCAAAGCAAUAAUCAAUGAAGAUCUGGCCAAAGCAUCCGACAGUUCGAGAACUUUGCUACAUUAUGCGGUUGAAAGUAUUCAUGACAACGAAGCAAUAGUUCGACAUUUGUUGGCGCUAGGCUGCGCAGUCGAUCCCUCGGAGAAGGAUACGGGUGAUACUCCUCUCAUGAUGGCCGUUCGAAAAGGCAAUGCAGCAGUAGUUAAUGUUUUGUUGGAAGCCAAUGCCAACAUUGACGUUGUCAAUAUCGAUAAUAGGAGUGCUUUGGAGAUGUGUUUUGAUACAGAUGAACACGGCGAUAUUAUAGCAGCCUUUUUUCGUCAAAUCCGGAAGAACGUCACUUCGACGGAGCAGCUGGUUGAUAGAUUACUCAAAGUUAGGUGUACUUUGGUCCAAGCCACAUAUUCGGGGGACGUUCGAGUGUUGAAUUGUAUGUUGAAACGCGGAAUCGAUAUCGAUUCUCGAGGACAUAGUCAGCAGACAGCAUUACAGGUUGCUGCUAAACUGAACGAUUUGACUUUGGUAAAGUGGCUCGUCGACAAUGGUGCCGACGUUAAUACUUCUAAUGAAGUUGGUUGUAAUGCAUUGUUCGAAGCCACGUGGAAUAGGAACACUGACAUGGUAAGGUAUUUACUGGAGCACGGUGCUGAAAGUACCUGCGCGAACGGUUUGAGCGAGAAUUUCAUACCACUGCGCGCAGUUUUUUAUACCGUGGGCUGGGAAGCAGAAAAGAUACGGGAAGAAGAUCAAUUGGACGAGUGUACUAUCCUUCUCCUCCAGCACGGUGGCGUUCCAGAACGUGGGGAAGUGGGGUAUAAUCACGUUAAACCGUUUGAUUUGACUUCUGACAGUCGCAGCGACAAUCGGAAGAGAAUGGUGGUCGCUCACUUGGCACUGAUCGACAUGCUCGGUAUGCCUGUGGCCAAGUCACUAGAGCACAUCGGCGAUGAAGUCGGUCCCCAGAUAUUCGCCGAUGUUCAACAAUAUUAUCAUCUGUGCCAGGAGAUGCUCAAGAUCCGCAUUUUUCGGUCUUCGACGCUGUUCGACUUGCUAAACGUCAGCGAUUACAAGAUGGGAAUGUAUGCGCGCAACGAGCAGUUCGUUAUCGAGGUGGAAGAGGCUUGUUCAAAACAUAAUAUGAGUAAAUUGUACUCGUACUACUAUACUAUACUAAUGAAACGCAUUGCCAAAGCCUCUCGUCUAGUCCAACUAGAAAACAGAGCCAUUGGAGUGCUCAGCGAUAUUUUUCAGAAAAAUUACAACGAAUCUUACAUCGCUGCGAGAACAGUCACCAAUUAUUUAAAUGAGUCUGAUCUCGAGGAUUUGGGGCGAGUGACUCGCGACCGUUUCGACGUUCGGAUCUGAAGAAAAUAAAUAUGAAUAAUAAAAUAUAAUCCAUGUUUAUAUUUAUGAAUAAGAGUGAUUUCAAGUUUAGAUUUGUUUAUGUAUCAACUUUCUUUAUAAUCUUAUUUAAUUUUUAUGUACACUUCAUUAAUUUUAAUAAAAUUUAGGACAAAAAAUACCAAUUGUAUUACUAUUUUAUCAUGUGUGCGCACAACUGAGAAAUACAUAGGUAGAAUAAUCUGUGUUCUGUAUUUUUAGCAUAGUGUUGCCUCCUUACGUCAGAAAGAUCCCCAUGUGUGACACAAGGGAAGGUGAAAAUAUGAGAAACUUCUCUUGAAUCACACGUUAGUCGUCAAUAACUGAAUCAUAUCACAUUUGAUCAAGUUGAUGCACCAAUGGACGCUGGAUCUUGACAAACACCUUGCCAAAGCAUUCGCGAUGACUCAGAUGCGCUGCUGUAUCACGUAGUUACGUGAAACAAUCGCUCGUCAAUUGGUUAAAUUGGAAGAAGAAGAAGAAAGGAACAAGUGCUUUUAUAUUUGAGCAAUUCCAUUAUUCGAAAGCAUUGUUCAUAGCGUUACUCGAGAAUGUAAAAGCGAAAAGUAUUACAGUAGAAAAAGUGGUUAUAAAUUUGAUCUCGUUGAUUGCAAGGUACAUCAUGUCGUAUUGUUAUGAAGUUUUGAAGCUCUUACUCGAGCAUUCGUCGAUUAACGUGAAUUGGAGAAAGUCCUGGUAGACGAACGGCAUUUACAUAUACUUGUUAAAUUGAACAAAUUGUAAUUAUCGAAGCUGUUAACGGGGGAAAAAAAUUCAAUACUGUAAAAUCCUAGUAUAAAUGUUACGCGCAAAGAACGAAUAUAACUUAAUAAAUUAUUAUCAUUAAGCUCACAUGUCAGGUGCUGUUAUUCUCACGCAUUUAUCCACUCUAAAUGUGUACAAUAAGUAUAUAUUUAGGUAAAAAGUCGUAGGACCAAAUUCUUUUCUAUACAGUAUUGUGUAAAUGUACGUGAAAACCUGAUCCAAUAUUCAUAUUUAUAUUUUAUGUAAGAAAUUUUCGAUUAAGUUUUAUCG